UCGACCAAAGAGAGUAAUAAUAUUUUUAAGAAGAGAGAAUCAUGAAUGGUUGCAGCUUAGAUCUCUGCCUAUCUCCAAUGACCCCUACGCUUCAAUUUUGUCGCCAAGAUUCUACGGUUAGUGAUCAUUCAUCAGCCAUGAAACCUAAGGACAACAAUGCAUUUUAUAAUGAAGGAUUAAGCGAGUACGAUCUUGUAGAGAUCCAGAUAAGGGCAAUAAUAGAGAUGGCAAGGAAGGAUCGUGAAGUAACAACAUUGGAGUUAGCACCGGUGAGAAUGGAAUCGCCGUUAGGUUGUUCGGUGAAGAGAUCCGUGAAGAGGUUCUUGGAGAAGAGGAAGAAGAGAAGCAAAACUAUUACACUUACACCUAGAGGCUCCACCUCCUCAUCCUCCUCCUCUCCUCAUAAUUUCUAAGUAUCAACCAACAAAAAACAAAAUGGGUUAAGAAAAAUCUAGCUAGCUCUUGCUUCACUCUCUUGUCAUUUUUCUCGAUACUCGACGAUAUGAAUUUCGAGUUUUUUUUGGUUUUUAAAAUCAAGACGUUGCACUGGUACGAGCACUGAAGCUGGUAUUAAAACUAGGAUCAUUUGGAUCGUUUGUAUUAGUUUUUUCCUUCCCCAUUCAUGUAUUAAGUUUCACACUUGUCUUGCAAUGGAUUCAUGAGGUUGUCCAUUUUUUUCCAAGUUAGCUCUAUGUAACUCUUCUACUUUUUUUUUCCUUUACAACAAAAUAAGAAAACGCAAGCAUUGAACUCGCUG